CGAUAGAGAGUGCUUGUAGUCUUCAAAUUGAAACCUCUUCAAAAGAAAAAGAAAAGGAAGAAACAGAGUUUCCAUCAUGAUGAUCAUGGAAAACCCCAGGAGAGAACCAUAAAAAAAAAAUAAAAAAAAAAACAGAAGACAGACUGUAAGGCAAUGUGGUCGGUUCGGUCCAUCCCUUUCCCUUCAAGCAGCGGCCACUUUCCUCCUGAGUCCCUUUCACCUACCCUUCAAAUUAUGGCCUUUUAGCCCCCGUCGACGGCCUAUAAAUACAAACAACCAUUCUCUCUUCUCCACAUUCACUCCUUUCCUUCCUUCUCUUCUUCUCCUCCUAGCAAAACCCAGAAAGCCACAAACCCAAAUUCCCUUCCAUUCCCCUCACAAUGAAGUCCGUUACAGCCUCAACGCUUCUGCUGCUCUGCCUUCUCCUCGCCUCCUCUGUUUUCGAUGUCACAGUUGCCGCCGGCUCAGGGAUUUGUGACUCCAAGUGCGGGGCGAGGUGCGCGAAAGCAGGGGUGAUGGACAGGUGCCUCAAAUACUGCGGGAUCUGCUGCGACAAGUGCCAGUGCGUGCCUUCUGGGACUUACGGCAACAAGCACGAGUGCCCUUGUUACAGGGAUUUGAAGAACUCCAAGGGCAAGCCCAAGUGCCCUUAAAAAAAUUUGUCAUGUGUGAUUAGUUACUCUGUUUUAUGUAAAAAGUAAAAACCUGGUUAUGGUACGAUAUGAGUAUGUUUUGGGGGAUUUUGGGUGUUUGACUGUUUGUUUGUUUGUUGAUAUUUUGGGUUCAUUCUUCUUCUUUUUCUUGUGUGUGUUUUAGUUGAUUUGUGUGUUGCUUACUACAUAAGCAUACUUUCCCUGUUUUAUGAAUAUAAGUAAUUAGCUAUAUGGCAAUUUGGGUAUGGAUUAGAUCUAGACAUAAGGAUAAACAUAACGGUGAUGAUGAGAAAGGUGUUUCUCAUGAAGAUCGAAUUCAAACGGAAGUAUAAGAAAUGCUCGUCUAGCAGUUUUGCAGUUUUGAUGCAAGGGUAUUGAGAUUUUGAG